AUGAAGGCUCUCAAUUCUGCUCAAAAGGCCAAACUUGUCCAGCAUAUCAAGAAUAAGGAACUCGAGUUGACCUGUCAGGCAAUUCGGAAUGAAGCCGACAAAUUAGGUCUUUACAACCAUGCCUCGUUGAGCGGAUCCAAACUCAUCGGUGGGCUCGAUAGUCAGCUCCGAACUCAUCAGCAGGGGGGUCAACAUGCGUCCGAGUACAUUCAUGGCAAUGAUGUCGGAUCAUGGGAGAGUGCCAGAGUCGUCAUUUGA